UCCCUCGGACCCUGGACCUGGACCUGCACCGGGAGCACGCGCGCCCCCUAGACGCGGUCCAGGAGGGGGCCCUGCACCGCGGCCGCCGGAGUCAGCCGCCCGAGCCCCGGUUGGCAAAUAGGGAAACGGAGGCACCGAGCCCAGAGACCACGGGUGCCCCGAGGGCCACUGAACAAGGAGGGGCCUUGCGCCCGGACCCUUUGGCUUCCCUUCGGGCUUCUCCCGCUGCACCAGCCACGCGUGUCCGCAGGGAAGAGCCCCCCGGGGGAGGCACGAGAAGCUUCAGUGGCAAGACGGAUCCCCCCCCUCCGCCCCGCUCCACUUGGAAGCCUGAGGCUCCGCCCCACGGCCAGCUUGGGGCGGGGCUAUGCGCCAGAAGGGCGGGGCUAAGAACGCGUCUUUCUCAGGCAACUGAGCCCUCCGCCGACCGUUGGAAUAGAUGGGGGCAGCCGCAAAUUUGAAUGGACCAAUGAACCUCCGGCUCCUUCCGCGGGGGGCGGGAUAUCCACCGGUUCUACCCAAUGGACCUACAGCACUCGCCCGAAGAGGCGGAGAGUGAGGCAUUGCCAAUGGCAGCGGCGGACCGGGAAGAUGAGCCGCUCGGUUUCGCCCAAUGGGGGCCGGUAGGGCGGGACCGAGCUUUCCGGGCCGGCUCCCGGGGCUCGGGCAGUCGCGGCGGGCCCAGCCGGCAUGGCGGGCACCGGGGUCCGGCCGUGGCCGCGGCGGCAGCCGCGGGAACGACAGCAGCUGCAGCUUCGCUGGCAGCUCUUAAGCCAGCUGCAGGCCAACAACCGGAGGUUCGCCCACACCAUGGGGGCUCUGGUGGCCAAGUACGACCGGCCCUUUAAAGAAGACAAGCUGGUGCACAUCGCCACGCUAACCUACCAGUCGGAAGUCGGACUGAAAGUAUGGGGUGGAAAAAAAGUAACUAAAGAAAUCUUCCGGAAUAUCCAGAUUUCCCUGGAGAAAGAAGGAUAUAGUAUAGGUAACUUUAUGGAAAGCACUUCCACAGAUGUCAUAAGCAGUGGAGUUGAUGCAACUUUGGUUCAAAGCAAUGAUACCAGCUUGUGGAAUGAAGGCUUCAGUCUUGAAAGUCGUCCAGAAAGUGACUUAGACAAGAAAAAAAUGACCCGAGUGGACGUGAUCCUGGAAGAUGACCAUCCCAGGCUGAUUAUGUUUGACAGUUUCAACAAGAGGAAGAACCCCAUGAUCCUUUCGGCCAAAGAGAGUUCUAAAGCGUCACUUGAUUCCAGCAGUAUUGGCCCCCAGAAGGAUGACGAACUUUCAGUUACGCCGACUUCGCCCCUCCGAUGUCCCCACGGUGCCGGGGGCGUGGCCGUGUGCCCCAACGAGAGCUUAUUGGCCUGGAGGGCCCGGAGGCUGAGCGGCUACAUGGGGGAUGUGAUGUGGGGCGAUGAGGAGCGGGAGCUCACCCUGAGUGACGUCUAUGCGGAGAUGCUGUGUUCCCUGAGUAAGUGUUUGCCUUCUCAGAAGGUGGGCCUCGUAUCUACAAAUAAGUACAUUUCCAAAGGCUGGUUCCUGAAGAAGAGGAGGCUUAGCGUCACCCUGACCAUGGAAAGCAGUUUUUUCAACAUCAGUCGCAAGUUCCGGAUUGUCCCAGGGGAGACGAGGCAGAACUUUUUACCCUCCGUGGAGCCGGACGCCGCUGUCAAGGCCGCCGACCUCGCCUGCUCCCAAAGCGCUGCUUCCCCGCUGGGUCUGAGGGGGGCUCUGCACAAGCUCUCCAUCCGGGAGUCUCCUUCCAGGACUAUGGAGGUGAGCCAAGCUGGCCCCCCUCCCUGCCGGAGCCCUCCAAGGACCCCCACCUUGUCUCUGCCCCCAGUUCUGACAAGUGCAAGGGAGUGGCGCUGCCCUCCUGGGGCUCCUGCCAGGGAUGGGGUAUGGCAAAAAGGGGGCCUCUCCAGGUCACUGGGGCCACCAAAGCCGCUUCAGACACCCACGAACGCUUCCUGGUCCCGGGAAAGACUUUGUCAAGAGCGCUCGGCUUCCGAUGGCCCCAGCCUGCGCCCAAAGCCGGGCUUUCCCAGAGAAAAAGCUGCAAAGGCAAGAAAGGCCCUGCCUUUUGGCCUGGAGCAAGCACCCUGCAAAGGCCCAGAUCCAAUCGAUUCCAUGUUUGACAUGUACUCCCAGGAUACAGCUCACUGGGCCCAGGAGCUUUUGUUCCUUAAGAAAUCCAGGCAGAAGCCAAAAGAGCCAAAUCAGAGCAAACUUGGGGACUCUCUGCCAGGGUUCAGCCACAGCGCUGGUUCUCAGGAACCCCAGAAGGCAGCCUCCCCCCAGAGCAGCACCAGGAACUCCUCAUGUGGGACAGUCUCCCCGCUCCGGAACGUAGCCUCCCCCCGGAGCAGUACCAGGAACUUCCUGUGUGGGACCAUCAACCCGCUCCGCAACGUAGCCUCCCCCCGGAGCAGCACCAGAAACUCCCCGUGUGGGACAGUCACCCCGCUCCACUGCACAGCCUCCCCCCAGAGUAGCACCAGGAACUCCCCAUGUGGGACCGUCACCCCACUCCGCAACACAGCCUCCCCCCAGAGCAGCACUAGAAACUCCCCAUGUGGGACAGUCACCCCACUUCGUAACGCAGCCUCCCCCCAGAGCAGUACCAGGAAACUCCCCAUGUGGGACAGUUACCCCACUUCGCAACGCAGCCUCCCCCCAGAGCAGCACCAGGAACUCCCCAUGUGGGACAAUCACCCUGCUCCGCAACGUAGCCUCCCCUCGGAGCAGCACCAGGAACUCCCCAUGUGGGACAGUCGCCCCAUUCCGCAAUGUAGCCUCCCCUUGGAGCAGCACCAGGAACUCUCCAUGUGAGACAGUCACCCGCUCUGCAACGUAGCCUCCCCUCGGAGCAGCACCAAGAACUCCCCAUGUGGGACAGUCGCCCCGCUCCACAGCACGGCCUCACUCAGGGCCACCUCAAAAGAAGACUUUGUUUCACCUCCCAAAAGACGGAAGUUGUCAAGCUUCCAGACGUGGGAUUGCUUCAGCUCUUCAAAGAUGGAAGAUAAGGUGGCCCCAGAUAGCCAGGGCUUGCCCACUGACCCAGGGGAGUCUCCUGCUAGAAGGUUGAGAAGCUCCAGGGUGUCCGGUACCCAGCCAUUGUGCCAAGGAGUCGUCUGUGGGAACUCGGCCAAGGAACAGGAAGGGGGCCACGGUUGGAGACUAGGGAGCUAUAUCUCUUGGGCUUUCCUCCGUCCCUGGCCUUCAUGUCUGGUGGUCUGGGACAAGGACUGCAGGCUCAGGGUUUGAAGCUGCCUCUGAGCAGGGCCUCCUGCCUCUGUGGAUCUCCUGUCUCUGCGGGCCUCCUGUCUCUGCGGACCUCCUGUCUCUGUGGAUCUUCUGUCUCUGCUGGCCUCC